UAAAAAAAAAAAAAUCAUAAUUUCGUUUUAAUUUUCUUUGUAUUACUUAACGAGAUAUUUACACAAAUAAUUUAAAUUGUGUGUAAUUUAUAUAAUUUAUUGUUCAAAAUAAAAUUUAUAUAAAAUUCUUUUCCAAAUUGAGAUAAUAUUGGAAAGUAUAUUUAACUUGAAAUGUUCAUACUGUUUAUGUAUUUUUUUGAUUUUUGAUUAACCAUUCUGAAUGGAGGACAAAGAGCGAUUAUGUUACAGAAACAAAAUUAUUUUAGCUCCUAUGGUUAAAAUUAAUACACUUCCUAUGCGUUUAUUAGCUUUGGAUUAUGGAGCUGAAAUUGUAUAUACAGAAGAAUUAAUAGAUUAUAAAUUGCUUAAUUGUCAUAGAAAAGUCAAUGAAACUCUAAAUAGUAUUGAUUUUAUUGACAAAAGUGAUGGUACUGUAGUAUUUCGUACUUGUCCUCAAGAAAAACCGUAUGUUGUUCUUCAAAUUGGAACUAAUGAUCCAAACCGAGCUGCAAUGGUAGCUAAACUUGUACAACACGAUGUUGCUGGAAUAGAUAUAAAUAUGGGUUGUCCUAAAAAUUUUUCUUUAAAAGGAGGUAUGGGAGCAGCAUUGUUGAAAUUUCCAGAUAAAGCAUGUGCCAUACUUUCUACUGUAAUUUCUGCAGUAAAAAUUCCUGUAACAUGUAAAAUUAGAAUAUUACAUAAUGUUAAUGAAACUGUUAAUUUUUGUAAAAAACUAGAAGCUACAGGUAUUGCAGCAAUCAGUAUACAUGGUCGUAGAGUGUAUGAAAGACCAUACCAUGAAAAUAAAAAUGAUGUUAUUAAAGCAGUAUCUGAAGCAUUAGAAAUACCAGUAAUUGCUAAUGGAGGAUCAAAAGAUAUUAAGAUAUUUGAAGACUUUGAAAAAUUUAAAAUUGCAACUGGAUGCAAUAGUUUAAUGAUUGCUCGAUCAGCUGAAAAAAAUUGUUCUAUAUUCAAAAAAGAUGGCAAAUUAGAAAUCCCAAGAGUCAUUCAAGAUUAUUUACGUCAUGCUAUAAAUUACGACAAUUUUUUUGCUAAUACCAAGUAUUGUAUUCAAAAUAUGAUGGGAAAUGUACAUGAAACCCAACAAGGAAGAGCGUUUCUUGAAACAACUACUCUUUAUGAAAUAAGUGAACUUUGGGAAUUGGGAGACUAUUGUCGCGAGACGCAAAAAAAAAUGAAUAUGCUACGUUUUGAAGAAAGAGAUUUAGCCUGUAAUGAUCAAAAACGACUGAAAUUAAAUCCUAUUAUUGAAGUACAGGAUGAUGUUAAUAGUUUAAAGUGUAUGUACAUAAGAUCAUUAUAUCUAUUACCUGAAGAUUUACCAAAAACUAAAUUAUUAAACUGGGCCAAAUUGCAUAGAAAACCUUUACCUAAAUAUCAUACUGAACAGUUUGAAAAACUUUUUAAAAGUACAGUGACAUUUGAUAAUAAGAAGUAUUCAUCUUCAUUUUGGGAAAAAAGUAAAAGAUGUGCUGAACAAGGUUCUGCUAUAGUGUGCCUACAUUUUUUAAAAGUUUAUGAUGUUAACUACUUGAAAAUAAAUGAAUAAUGAGUUUUUUUCUGGGAAAGAAAAGAAUAUGUUCGUGAAUCAUUAAGCAUAUAUCAGGUAACUUGGUAUUAGCUACCGUGAUAUAAAACAAACAACUAAGGGAAAUGGGAAAGAGUAUAAGUAUGCGAAAAUGAUGAUGAUGAUGAUGACUGCUUAGAUAUUCACGUUCGUGUGAUCGUGCACGGCUGACGCUAGAAAUUAGUUUUGGGUGUCGACAGACCGUUGUUAUAGAAAGGUAAUAAGGGUAAUACUUAAGUUUGAGAUUAUAUUUCUUACCUGAUACGCAAGAAAUAUAACUAAGUACGGGGCGCAGACGAAGUGAAAGACACAAAUACUAGACGUGCCAGGUAAGGAAGAUAACAGAGUACAAGGUGCAGACGAAGUACUAUGAAAUGUAGAGGACGAAAGUAGGUAAGUGCAAAGGGCGUCAAAAAGAAUGAAUAAAGACUUGACUUUAUACAGUAAGCCGGACAGCGACAAUCGAGUACUGAGAUUGAAGAAUGGCACAAAGCAUACGGUUACGUACUGGAGUCAACUGUCCACAUAGCAAUUUCAAUAUAUUAAUAUUGUCAAAAUAUUCUUACAAAAUACUUUUUAAAAUAUUUUGAAUAAAAUAUUAUGACAAUAUCUCAUAAACAUAAUAAAAAAUAUAUUCUAUUGAAAUAUUUUCAUAAUAUGCUCACAAUAU